AUGUCCAUCAAAAACGAGGCAAUCUAUGCCGCCCUUCCGUCCACGACUCGAGGCCAGCCUACGCAACUUUCAGUUGACUCGAAGGGGGAAAGACUGGCAUAUGCCUCAGGCAAAUCCAUCUUCAUACGCUCCAUUGAUAAUCCUGCUCAAGCAUCUCAAUAUACGCAACACACAACCCCUACCACAGUCGCUAGAUUCUCGCCAUCAGGCUUCUACUGUGCGUCAGGUGAUUCUGCUGGCAUUGUACGAGUUUGGGACUGUUCACCAAACGGCUCUGGCCUGACAAAGGGAGAAUACGCCAUCAUUUCUGGUCGUAUCAAUGAUAUUUCUUGGGACGGAGACAGCCAGAGGAUUAUUGCAGUGGGCGAUGGUAAGCAGCGCUAUGGUCACUGUAUUACCGCAGACUCUGGGAACACCGUUGGCGAGAUCAGUGGGCAUUCUGCACAAGUCAAUUCUGUCAGCAUAAGACAGCAAAGACCUCUUAGAGCAGCGACAGCGGGAGACGACAAGAAUCUUAUCUUCUACCAUGGCGCUCCAUUCAAGUUCAACUCCAUCCCAGCUAGAGGCACGCAUGCAAAUUUCGUGUAUGGUGUGGCGUUUAGCCCGGAUGGAAGUCAGCUGGUAUCUGUUGGAGGCGACAGAAAGAUCUUGCUCUAUGAUGGGAAAACGGGCGACAUGAAAGGCCAGAUUGGAAACGGCGAUUCUGCCCAUAAGGGCAGUAUAUUCGGAGUCUCUUGGUCAAAGGACUCCAAGAAGAUUGCAACAGCAAGUGCAGAUAGGACUGUCAAGGUCUGGGAUGUGGAAGCUGGCAAAGCAACACAGACAAUCACAUUUGGGGAGGAAGGCACGGUUUCUAUUCCAGAUCAACAAGUUGGCGUUGUAUGGGCAGCUGGUCGGUCAGAUGGGCUCAUAGUAUCCCUGUCGCUCAGUGGAGAUAUCAACUACCUCAAUGAAGCAUCUACAGGUCCGACCAGAAUCGUCUCUGGACACCAGAAGAACAUUACAGCUCUGACCGUCAACGAAAGUGACACAUCACAAGCGCCAACUUUAUGGACAGGGAGCUAUGAGGGCCGAUUAUGUGCUUGGGAUAGCGCGACGGGUGUUGCGGAAACUAUUGAUGGCAAUGGCCAUACCAAUAUCAUAUCUGGUCUUGCAGCCACAUCCGGUAAGCAUCCACAGAUUUAUUCUGUUAGCUGGGAUGAUACUCUUCGCUCAGUUGAUACGAGCGCGAAGACAUUCAAUGGCAAGUCAACUCAUUUAUCAUCUCAACCGAAGGCUUUAACAUGUACUGCCAACAGCAUGGUCGUUGUUGCUCAGCUAGAGAGUGUGAUUGUGAUCAGAGAUGGGGAAGAAGUCGGGGAACUGGCCCUGAAAGCUACCCCUACUUCCCUCACUGCAUGUGGAAGCACAGUCGGGAUAGGCGCCUCGGAUUCAUCCCUGAGCAUAUACGCUGUGCCGCACGACAGAGCACCGAAACUUAUUGCCUCACUUGACAAAGUAUCGGCAGGCCCUUUGACAGCCUUGUCAUUCACUCCAGAUGGCUCAAUGAUCGCAGCUGGGGACUCUACUGGCAAACUUCUCGUCUAUAGAUUGAGCGGCUCAAGCCUGGAACUUGUGACCAACAGGUGGUCCAGUGCCCAUACAGCCAGGAUUACAUGCAUAGCCUGGAAUAAGGCUGGAACACAUGCUGUCAGUGGAAGCUUGGAUACACACAUAUUCGCUUGGAGCUUGAAAGAUCCCGGGGCUCGCGUGAAAGCAGGCAAUGCUCACAAAGAAGGUGUUAAUGGGAUCGCUUGGAUUGGCGAGAGGGCGGUCAGCUGUGGUGCUGAUGGCACAGUCAAGGUUUGGGAGAUUUCUGGCUUGAAAUGA